AUGCUCGCCGUCGCUCUUCUCGCGGCGCCCUCAAACGCCGCCUCUCGCCCCCGUCCGCGUCGCGGGGAGGCACUCAUCGGCACGCGCAACCGCACCGACUUCAGCAUUAAGCUCUCGACCGACGCGCCGGCGCCCGCCCUCGCAGCGUCUGCCUCGCGCAAACCCGACAAGGCCACGGAGCUGCUGCUCCACCAAGACGUCCUCGGGCGUGAGUGGGCGCUGUUCGAUGUCUUGCCGGACGCCACCUUCCAUCCGACCUUCUCCUUCCCGUUCAACCUCUCCAAGUUCAGCGGAGCCAACUCACGCGCCGCCGGCCCGACCACCUUCAAGCCCAUCGGCGCCGCGGCCGACGCCGCGCUCGCCUCCUUUGGCGAGACCACCGGCGCGGCCAUGACCGAGAUCGGUAAGACCUACCCGAUUACCUCCAAGCUCAACAUCGGCUCCUACGCCGAGCUCUUGACGACCGCGACCCUGCUCUUUCUGCAUCCUUGUGCGGCCGUGCUGGCGCUGCUCCUUGCGGCGUGCCUUGAGCCGCUGUUGCGUGGGCAGGUCAAGAAGAAGAGGGUGGAGGGCCGCAGCCACGCAGCGAUCUCCGUACCCUUGCUCUCCAGCACGCGUGCUCUCCGAGUCGGCAUUGUGAUCCUCUUCUGCCUGCAGGGCGUAUGCGGCACACCAGCGGCACCGCUCCAGCCCGUCAACGUCAGCAGCCCGUGCUCGCUCACCGACGGCGGCUCGUGCGCCGCGUCGCCAAACUACCCGAACAGCUACGGCAACAACGAGGAGUGCACCAUCAGCGGCGUGCCGCCGGUUGGGUUGGAGACGGUCGCCUUUGAGGUGGAGGCGGGCAACGGCUGCCCCUACGACUAUCUCACCGUCAACGGCACGAAGUACUGCGGCACCUCGGGGCCGCAGGGCGCGGUGGCGGAGGACGGCGUUAUCGAGUGGUUCUCGGAUGGCAGCGUAGUCAGGUCGGGCUGGAAGGCGCGCCCCUGGUCCCUCUCGCUCCCCCCGUCUCUCUCCUCUCUGAUGCCCUCCUCCCUCUGCCGUCAGAUCUGCUGGGCGACCCGGCCGCCAUCACCGCCGUCGCCGCCGCCAUCGCCGUCGCCGCCGCCAUCGCCGCCGCCGUCGCCGCCAGCUUCACCGCUUCCGCCUCCGCCGCCGCUCUCCCCCUUUGUCGCCGCGGAGAGCGAGGCCGAGCUCCGCUCCCUGAUCCAGUAUGCUGCUGUCACUGCGGCUGACGUCUCAAUCUACCUGCCGCCCAGCGACGUCGAGAUCAUCGACUCCGCCGUGACUGACUGCGCUGCUACUGGCUCCUCUCCCGACGGGUACGGCGGCGUCGUCUUCGCGGUGAGCAGCGGUUCGGUCUCGAUAAGCGGCUCGACCGUGACGGGCUGCUCUGCUGGCUGGGACGGCGGCGUCGUCUACGCGUGGUACAGCGGUGCGGUCUCGAUAACCAGAUCGAACGUGAGGGACUGCUACGCUGGCUAUGAGGGCGGCGUCGUCUUCGCGAAUCGCAGCGACUCCCUCUCCAUCGCGGGUGUCGACUUCAUCGACAACGUUGCAGUGGACAGCACAGGCUCGGUGCUGUACCUGCGGAGCGUCGAACAAACCUCCAUCAGCAACGCCUCCUUCACCGGCAACACCGGUAUCACGGUCAAGAUCAUGUUUGGCUUCUACCAGAUCAGCACCGUCUUGUCAUCCACCUACUCGGCGCGGCUGCCGCCAGAGUACACGGACUGGACCGACAAGCUGGCCAAUGCGAUCUCCAUUGACUGGUCUGGCUUUUACCUGCCGGAGCAGUGCCUCGGCUACGCUCUGCGGCUCCUCGCCAUCGCCCUCUCCCCCGUCGCCCUCAUCGCCCUGCUCAUGAUCGCGGGAAUAAGCCUGCGUCUCCACUGCUGGCGCGCCGCCCCGGCGCCGCGCGAGAGGCCGUGGUACGCGGAGGCGGCCCUCGGCCUCCUCGACCUCACGCCCGCCGGCUUGGCCUACACCAUCUCUCCGCCAAACGAGCCCCUGCGGCAGGUCUCCUACAUGCGGCAGGACGCGAGCGUCGAGUGCGGUUCCGACGAUCACGGACCCAUCAAGAACCUCGCCAUCGGCUUCAUCGUCCUCUGGCCCGCCGGCUCGCUGGUCCUCUUCACGUCGCUCCUCGCCGCCUGCUACAAGCCGCUGCAGGCCAAGACGCCGAAUGCGCUGACGCGGGCCACCGCCUUCCUCCACAGGGAGUACGAGAAGACCUGGUACUGGUGGGAGGCGGUCGAGCUGGCGCGCAAGCUCGUGCUGACCGGAUUCGUGCUGCUGAUACCGGAGGAGCGAGCCUUUGUUCGCCUCGUGGUGGCGACCCUGAUCUGCUCGUGCUACGCCGUCGCACUCGCCGUCGUUCGGCCCUACAAGCGGGUCGAGGACAACGUGGUCGCCGUCGCCACGAGCCUCGUGCUCCUCCUCCUCUUCCUCGGCGCCAACUGGAGCACCAUAUUCCUGAGCAUCGAGGAGAGGCACCCCGACACAGCGGAGGCCGCCGCUGUCCUCGGGUUCGGCGAGCUCAAUGUGAUCGUCGACUCGAUGAUCAUCCUCGUUGCAGUCGUGCUCGCCUUCUUCCUCGUCGGCGCCAUCGUCGCCGCCCGCCGCGUCGCCAAGGUCCCCACGAUUCGACUCGUCUCGACCAAGCAGCCCCCCGAGAUGAGCAUCGGGACCGGCAUCACGUGGCACCUCUUCAACAGCCACAUCUGGUCGACCGGUCAAGACGCCGUAAAGGUCAUCAAGGGCGAGCUCCAGCAGCUGCUGCCAGACAUCAAAAACUGCCUCCGAGAGGUUCGCUCGUCGCUCGAGAAGGACAAGCCGCUCGUCCUCGUCCAAGAGGCGGACCCUGCAAAGGGCGGCGGGACGCUCCAGGCGCUGCGCGACGAGUGCCCCGAGGACCUGCAGCCGGCCAUCUUUGACAAGGACUGGCCGCUCACGAUCUGGUAUCGCAUCGAUGAAUUCCAGCUCAUCUCCCUCAAGAUCAUCGCCGAGGCGCCGCCGGCCGCAGCCAGCCGCUCUGCAGCGGUGCUCCUUUGUUCGCCCAACUUUCUGGACAAUACCACCCUCCCGCUCUGCGUGUCGGGCGAGCUCGAGAGCCAGUCGCUCGCCUUUUCCAAACCGUGCACGCUCUGGGCCUCGCCAGCCAACCCGGGCGCCGCAGAGCUGGCCUGCGAGCUUGCCAGGGCCUUUCCCGGCCUCACCGUCUCUACCGUUGCGGACGUUGGCUCCUCUGCAUCAGCACGCCCCUCCACGGCACUUCGCGGGUUGGCACGCCGAACGCGCCGCGCCGGCGAUGUGACCCACAUGCUGUUGUACCUCAAUCAGAAUACCUGGUUAGAGGACGACGGCGAGCGGCUGGCCGAGCAGGUCAAGCAGGCGCGGGAAGACAAGCUGAAGCUCGUCAUGGCGCACGAGAACGACCCCGCGCUCGGCGGCUGCCAGUUCUCGAGGAGCUCAUCGCCGGCGGACUCUACACGGACCUGGCAAAAUCGUGCUUCCCCGGUGUCGCUCGUCCUUCUGGCAAAGAGCCUAGGCGCGACCCCCGCUCGGUCGCGGGCGGACCUCCUCGUUUCGGGCAGCGUCGCUGAGGGCAGCACCAGCCUCGUGAAGCGCAGCCUUGGCGGCUUCAGCCGGGUGUUCGCCAAGAUGAGCAGCCGCAGCUCUGCGGAGGCGCGCGACGUCUCUGGAGGCGAGGCGUCGUCGGUGCAGCGGCAGGUCUGA